AUGGGCGAGGAGAUUACAGAGAAUGUGACUAAGACGAAGGACGCUGCUGGGGAGAAGGUGUCGGGUGCUGUGGAGAGCGUGAAGGGGACUGUGGGUGAUGCGCAGAGCAGGAUCAGCGAGGGGGCGGAGAGGCUGAUGGGCGAGGCAGAGGAGGGUCAAGAGCGCGCUUCGGAUGAGCUUCGCAGUGCGCAGGAGGAUCUGAAGGAGGGGGCGAGGAAGGCGGAGGAGAGGGGGAAGGGUGCUGUGCGCCAGGGGGAACGCAAGGUGGGGGAGGUCACUGAUGACAUCAAGAAGAUGUGA